ACGAAGACCACCUUACGAUGAGGGAUGAAGCCCACCAGGAAACCGCCCACCACCAGCACUGCCGGCGGCGUCCCUCCCUCUGGCACCACCGCCACACCCACCGGUGGCCGGUAUAGGGGCAUGAAGCGCAGGAACGGAGAGCAGGCGGCGGAGUCGGCGGGCACCGCGGCUAGGAGAGCGGGGCAGGGCCGGAGCAGGGGCGCCGACGCCCAGGCUGCUGAAGGAGGGGGGGAUGGCCCUGCCCGGGCAGAGGGCCGAGCACCUGGAGAGCCCGCCCGUGCUGAGGGGUCAACCUCCAGCCGCAAGACUGCCACCUUCAAGUCACGGGCGCCCCGCAAGAAGCCGGCGGAGGAGCCUCUGGGCGCCGAGGGGCGGGACGACUCCAGCAGCAACGGCAGCGAGGGCUCAAUCGGACCCGGCGCCGCGCCCCCGACAAACACCACCUCUGCCCCCAGCGCCCCCCGCGGGCUGGAGGAGGGCGAGGCGCAGGUACCCCAGCCUCCGGCAGAGGAUGCCGGUGUCAGCUCCUCUGGCACAGAGACGGCGAGUGAGCACUCUGCUGACGGUGAGGAGGAGGAGGAGGAGGGUGGUCUGUCCCAGCGCCCCGGCUCCCAGAGGCACUGCCGGCAGCACAGCCGCGAGCAGGAGCCCCCACCCACCACCGACACUGACCGGCUCCCUUCCCCCUCCACACCCACCUCCCCCACCCCCCCCUACCGCGGGGGGCCCUGGGCCAGCCCCGAAGCCGCCGGCGCCCCUCCCCCAGCCUCCGCCCUGGCCCCCGGCGCCCGCGUCUGCGCCCGCUGCCCGGGGCCCCGCCCCGCCCCCUUCCGGCAGGGCACAGUGACCGAGAUCGGGCGCGGAGGGCCCGCCCCUUACCGGGUCCUCUUCGACGACCGGGAGGGGGCCUGGGUCUCCCUGGAGGACCUGCGGCUCCCUGCCCGAGCCUGGCCGGACGGCGGCCGCGCCCCCUCGCCCUCCCCCGCCCCGCCCCGGCAACCCGAGGACGCCGAGGUGCUGACCCUGAGCUUGGGCAUGGGGCCGGGCGCCGGGCACCACCACCAUCACCUCAACCCGCAGCUGGCGGCGGCGCCCAGUGGCGGCCGGGAGGGGGGCAGCACCAGCGGGGGGAGCAGCAGCGCCUCCCUGGAGAGCCGGCUGACCCCGGGCUCCCGUUCCCGCACCCCCCUGGCACCCGCGGGCACUGCCACGGCGGCACAGCAGCAGCAGAAGUACAAGAAGGGGGACGUGGUGUGCACCCCCAACGGGAUCCGCAAGAAGUUCAACGGCAAACAAUGGCGGCGCCUGUGCUCCCGUGAUGGCUGCAUGAAGGAGUCCCAGCGCCGCGGCUACUGCUCCCGGCACCUCUCCAUGCGCACCAAGGAGCUGGAGGGGGGUGCUGGCACUGCGGGAGGGGGCCCACCAGGCUCAGACGGCCGUGCCAGCGGGCUGCGGGAGGGCAGCUCCGAGUUCGACUGGGACGAGACGUCCCGGGACAGCGAGGCCAGCAGCGCCCGCACCGACCCCCACCCCAGGCUGCCAGCCUCUGGCACCGCUGCCCCGGCCUCCGAUCUCUCCAGCUUCAACUCGGACGAGUGCGACGCCGCCAACAUGCUGGUAUCGCUGGGCAGCUCCCGGUCGGGCACCCCGGGCUACUCGCCCGUCUCCAACCAGUCCCCCUUCUCCCCGGCGCCCUCGCCCUCGCCCUCGCCCCUCUUCGGCUUCCGGCCGGCCAGCUUCAGCCCCAUCACCGCCUCGCCCGUUCUUCAGCGGGCAGGCGGUGCCGGCUGCCCGGGGUCUGCCGCCCUGCCUCCCUCCUCCUCGUCCUCGUCCUCCUCCGCGUCCUCCACCGGCUCCGGCUCCUCGCGCCACCGGCACGCCAGCACUCCCAAGCUGGGCGCCCUGACCCCUGAGCUGGGUCACGGCAGCGGCCACCACCAUCACCACCACCACCCCCCGCUGCCGCACCCGCACCACCCGCCGCUGAGGGAGCGCCACUCCUCGGGCAUCCAGCCCAGCUUCCAAACCAGCCUGACCUUCACCGUGCCCAUGAGUCCUGGCAAGGGCAAGGCCAAGGGCGACUGGGCGCACGGUGGGGCCGGCCAGCCGCCCCCGCACUCCGCCGCCGGCGCCGACUACCACAAGGGGGAGGGGGGUGAGACGGCGCCCCCUGCCACGCCACCGCCGGCUGGGCACUUCCCCCGCUCGCGCCCGGCCUCCCCGCCCCCGCCCCCGCCGCUGCUCCUGCUGAGCCCGCCCGCCGCCAUGACCCCCGACCCCUCACUCCGCCGGGUGCCCGCAGCCCAGCGCGACUCGCCGGUCAUCGUCCGCAACCCCGAUGUGCCGCUGCUGCCCGCCCGCUUCACCGAGCGGCCCCCUGGGGCGGGGGCUGGGGCCGGCGCCCCCCUCCCCCGCGGGGCACCGGCCAAGGGCGCCGCCCGGGAGCAGUGCCGGCACCCGGCCGGCGGCAAGUCCCCGCUCCAGGCCCCCGUGCCCAUCAACGCCCACCGGAUGGCCCGGGCCGCCUCGCCCGGUCGAGCGCCAGGGGGGCUGGGCCCGGCCGCCGCUGCACCCCUCACCCCUGCCCGCCAGGAGCCGCCAAUCCAGCCUGUGGCCUGCCACCCUUCGCCAGCCGCCCUCCUGCCCGUCAUCGUGCCGUCGCCCAUCGGAGACUUCCAGCACCCGGCCCCAAAGAAGGAGGUCAUCAUGGCGCGCCCCGGAACAGGUACCGUAACCUCUGACCUUUCCCCCCUCUCUCUAUGUUCGCGGUCGCUGGCGAGUCGCGUCUUCCGACAGUCGUUUUCCGUCUGUCAGAGGGCUCCUGCAGACGGAAUUCAGCCCCUCGUCAACACGGAGGGGAGAGGCGGAGGCGAGACUACCUCCGAGGUGCCCACGCAAGAUGCCCGCAAGAAGAAAAAAAAUGUCACGCCUUCCCUGAAUUGUAACCCCGCGCCCGAUUCGCACGACGUCAGUAUCGGGACUCACUGCGUCUUGCUGCCGGCGGCACGCGUCUUCACUCUGCUAGUGUACUGUUCACCUGACAACCUGUGUUUUUCUGAUGUGCGUGCUGAGUCUCGGAUAACCGUCACCAGGACGGUGUGCACAGAGUCUCAGAUAACCGUCACCGGGACAGUGUGCACAGAGUCUCGGAUAACCGUCACCAGGACGGUGUACACGGAGUCUCAGAUAACCGUCACCGGGACGGUGUGCACAGAGUCUCAGAUAACCGUCACCGGGACAGUGUACACAGAGUCUCAGAUAACCGUCACCGGGACAGUGUACACAGAGUCUCGGAUAACCGUCACCGGGACGGUGUACACGGAGUCUCGGAUAACCGUUACCGGGACGGUGUACACGGAGUCUCAGAUAACCGUCACCGGGACAGUGUACACAGAGUCUCAGAUAACCGUCACCGGGACGAUGUACACAGAGUCUCAGAUAACCGUCACCGGGACAGUGUACACAGAGUCUCAGAUAACCGUCACUAGGACGAUGUACACAGAGUCUCAGAUAACCGUCACCGCGACGGUGCACACAGAGUCUCGGAUAACCAUCACCGGGACGGUGCACACAGAGUCUCGGAUAACCGUCACCGGGACGGUGCACACAGAGUCUCAGAUAACCGUCACCAGGACGAUGUACACAGAGUCUCAGAUAACCGUCACCGGGACGGUGUACACAGAGUCUCAGAUAACCGUCACUGGGACGGUGUACACGGACUCUCAGAUAAACCGUCACCGGGACAGUGUACACGGAGUCUCGGAUAAACCGUCACCGGGACGGUGUACACGGAGUCUCGGAUAA